AUGUAUGCAGACUCAAUGCCUCAGCAUUGCCUCGAAACGAGAGGCGAGCUAGAUAUAUUAAAUCAAAAGACAAAGAAACGUCCAAAAGUGACCCGGUUUCUGCCUUGUUGGACAUGGAGUUGGAAGAAGAGAAACCAUUUAUUCGAUCAGUCACAGAAAUUCUCCCAUCAUUGUACUGUUCUCAGAUGAACAAAUGAAGGACUUAAAAAAGUUCUGUUGCAAUGAGGACGGACCAAAUUCACUAUUGUGCAUUGACAUGACUUUCAACCUUGGAAAUUUUUAUGUCGUCGUCACUACAUACAAGCAUUUACAACUGCUUACCAAACGCAGUAACAAUGAACCUGUUAUUUUAGGGCCUGUAAUGAUGUGCAUGAAAAAAGACAGGCCAAACGUACCAAUUUCUUUUCCAACAAAUAAAUUCUCAUUGUCCUGAAAUUAAAGAUCAGCUAAAGGCAUAUGGUGCAGAUGCAGAGCUCCCACUUAGAAAGGCUCUUGAACUAGAAUUUCCGUUUGCUUUGGGCUUUGUCUGCAGGACGCACAUAGUAAGAAAUCUUGAGCACAAGUUGAAGACUGAACUGAAUUUGUCAGACAAGUUAUUUAGAAAAGUAGUUGCAGAUGUUUUUGGACACAAAACUCAGGAGCGACUUGUACAAUGUACUACACGCGCAGAGUAUGACUUUCUCCUUUCAAAGUUAUGUGUUAAAUGGGACAGAAAUGAAAGUGAGGAACGUGCCAAAAAAGAGGACACACAAGAACCGAAUGCUGCAAAACAUUUCGUGAAAAAUAAGGCAGACAUUGUGUAA